GUGAGGGGCGAGCGCGGGGGCCGUCGGGACUCGUUCUGCCGGUGGGUCAGGGUUCGGCCUCAACAUGGCGGCCCGGGCCGGGCAGUGACCGAGGCUCGGCGGUCGGAAGGAGUCCCCGGGGCCGGUCGCGCGUCCGCCUCAUGGGUGGGACGUGAGGCGCCGCGGCGAGCGCGGAGGGGCGGCGGUGACGGGCGGGGCGGCGGCGGCGGGGCGGUGCGGGGCUCGGCGUCCGGGCUUCCCUGCGGGCCCGGCCGGGGGAGGCGGGCGGCGGCGGGGCCGCGGCGCCGGGCGGGGCGAUGGCCCAGUGCGUGCAGUCGGUGCACGAGCUCAUCCCGGACUCCUUCGUGCCCUGCGUGGCCGCGCUCUGCAGCGACGACGCCGAGCGCCUCGCCCGCCGCAACCACCUGAGCUUCGCCGAGCUGCUGAGACCUUUCACCCGCCUCACCUCCGAGGUUCAUAUGAGAGAUCCUAAUAAUCAGCUUCACAUAAUAAAAAAUUUGAAGAUAGCAGUAAGCAACAUUAUCACCCAACCGCCUCAGCCUGGAGCCAUUCGGAAACUUCUGAGUGACGUUGUUUCUAGCUGUCAGCCUGCGGAUGGACUAGUAGCUAAUGUGUUUACGGCAGGGGACUAUGACCUCAACAUCAGUGAUCGGUUAAUAAAAGCUAGUGUUCCUUGGUACAGUAAUUGGAAAGAUACAUUGAAGGAAAUGAAAGAAUCCUCAUUAAAUACAGCUACUACUCCAUGGUUUGAGUCUUACAGAGAGACCUUUCUUCAGUCAAUGCCAGCAUCAGAUCAUGAAUUUCUGAACCACUAUUUAGCCUGUAUGCUGGUAGCAUCGUCUAGUGAAGCAGAACCUAUGGAACAGUUUGGAAAGUUGUCACAAGAGCAGCAUCGAAUUCAGCACAAUAAUGACUAUUCCUACCCCAAGUGGUUUAUACCAAAUACACUUAAAUACUAUGUACUCUUACACGAUGUAAGUGCAGGAGACGAACAGAGAGCUGAAUCCAUUUAUGAAGAAAUGAAACAGAAAUAUGGAACUCAGGGUUGCUAUUUACUUAAAAUUAAUUCUCGAACAUCUAAUCAAGCAUCAGAUGAACAGAUACCAGAUCCUUGGAGUCAGUAUCUUCAGAAAAAUAGUAUUCAAAACCAGGAAUCAUAUGAAGAUGGCCCUUGUACUAUAUCUUCAAACAAGAAUUCUGAUAGUAACUUGCUUUCAUUGGAUGGAUUAGAUAACGAAGUCAAAGCAGAUGGCUUACCAAAUAACUUCAGAGCCCACCCACUUCAAUUGGACGCAUCCAGUGACCCUUCGAACAACAUUGAUGGCCCAGAUCAUGUAAAAUCUGCAUCAUCGUUACAUGAAACAAAGAAAGCAAAUCCUGGAAUUAUUCAUGGUGCAUGCCUAACCCUUACUGAUCAUGAUAGAAUUCGACAGUUUGUACAAGAAUUCACAUUUCGGGGCCUUUUGCCACAUAUAGAGAAAACAAUUCGGCAGUUAAAUGAUCAGCUUAUAUCAAGAAAAGGUUUGAGUCGGUCUCUAUUUUCUGCAACUAAGAAAUGGUUUAGUGGCAGUAAAGUUCCAGAAAAGAGCAUAAAUGAACUGAAAAAUACAUCUGGAUUGCUGUAUCCACCAGAAGCACCAGAGCUUCAAAUUAGGAAAAUGGCUGACUUAUGUUUCUUGGUGCAGCAUUAUGAUCUGGCUUACAGUUGCUAUCAUACUGCAAAGAAGGAUUUUCUUAAUGAUCAAGCCAUGCUUUAUGCAGCUGGUGCCUUGGAAAUGGCAGCAGUGUCAGCUUUUCUUCAGCAAGGGGCAGCGAGGCCAUACCCCGCACAUUACAUGGACACAGCCAUCCAGACAUACCGGGAUAUCUGCAAGAAUAUGGUAUUGGCUGAAAGAUGUGUAUUACUUAGCGCUGAAAUCUUAAAAAGCCAAAGCAAAUAUUCAGAGGCUGCAGCUCUUCUAAUACGGCUAACCAGUGAGCAGAACACGUGGAAGGGCAUGGACUCUGACCUUCGAAGUGCACUUCUUUUGGAACAGGCCGCUCACUGCUUCAUAAACAUGAAGAGUCCCAUGGUUAGAAAGUACGCCUUUCACAUGAUACUGGCCGGCCAUCGCUUUAGUAAAGCCGGGCAGAAAAAGCAUGCUUUACGCUGCUAUUGCCAAGCCAUGCAAGUGUACAAAGGAAAAGGCUGGUCUCUUGCAGAGGAUCACAUUAACUUCACCAUUGGGCGCCAGUCCUACACUCUGAGGCAGCUGGACAAUGCUGUGUCUGCUUUCAGGCACAUUCUAAUCAACGAAAGUAAACAAUCUGCGGCUCAGCAAGGGUCCUUCCUCAGAGAAUACCUUUAUGUUUACAAGAAUGUAAGUCAGCUGUCACCAGACGGGCCCUUGCCGCAGCUUCCUUUGCCGUAUAUUAACAGUUCUGCAACCCGGGUUUUCUUUGGCCACGACAGACGACCAGCAGAUGGUGAAAAGCAAGCAGCUACUCAUAUAAGUCUUGAUCAAGAAUAUGACAAUGAAUCCUCUCAGCAGUGGCGAGAACUUGAGGAACAAGUUGUGGCCUUGGUUAACAAAGGAGUAAUUCCACCCAAUUUCCAUCCCACGCAAUACUGUUUGAAUAGUUUUUCAGAUAACUCAAGAUUCCCCCUUGCAGUAGUAGAAGAACCCAUAACAGUGGAAGUGGCUUUUAGAAACCCUUUGAAGGUUCCACUUCUGUUGACUAAUUUGUCACUGCUCUGGAAGUUUCAGCCCAAAGAUUCCAGUGGAAAGAACGAUGAAGAAGUUAAAGAACUAGUAACAAGUGAACCCGAAAUGAUUGGAACUGAAGUUAUUUCAGAAUUCUUAAUUAACAGUGAAGAAUCUAAAGUGGCCAGACUAAAGCUCUUUCCCCAUCACAUAGGGGAGCUGCACGUUCUGGGAGUUGUUUAUAAUCUGGGCACUGUUCAGGGCUCUACGACAGUUGAUGGCAUCGGUGCUCUUCCUGGAUGUCACACAGGGAAACAUUCCUUGAGCAUGUCAGUUCGAGGGAGACAAGAUUUAGAAAUUCAAGGUCCUCGACUUAACAGCACAAAAGAAGAGAAAACAUCUAUAACAUACGGUCCUGAUCGACGAUUAGAUCCCAUUAUCGUUGAGGAAAUGCCACUGUUGGAGGUGUUCUUUAUACAUUUCCCUACAGGGCUCCUCUGUGGAGAAAUCCGAAAAGCAUAUGUAGAAUUUGUCAAUGUCAGCAAAUGUCCUCUGACUGGAUUGAAGGUUGUUUCUAAACGUCCAGAGUUCUUUACCUUUGGCGGUAACACGACUGCUCUGACGCCACUGAGUCCCUCAGCUUCUGAGAACUGUAGUGCUUACAAGACCGUGGUGACAGAGUCUGCCUCUGUGCGUACAGCGCUCGCCUCGGUAGCGUCUGCGGCGGACUUUGGCAUCGGCACAGGAAGUCAGCCCGAGGUGAUUCCUGUGCCCCUGCCGGACCCUGUUCUUCUGCCUGGAGCUUCAGUGCAGCUGCCGCUGUGGUUACGCGGGCCGGAUGAAGAAGGUGUCCAUGAGAUUAACUUUCUGUUUUACUACGAAAGUGUUAAAAAGCUGCCCAAAAUACGUCACAGGAUAUUAAGACACACAGCAGUUAUUUGCACCAGCCGAUCUCUGAACGUACGUGCCACUGUCUGCAGGAGUAAUUCUCUUGAAGAUGAGGAGGGCAGAGGAGGCAAUAUGCUAGUCUUUGUGGAUGUGGAAAAUAUCAAUACUAGUGAAGCAGGUGUUAAGGAAUUCCAUAUAGUACAAGUAUCAAGUAGUAGCAAACACUGGAAGCUACAGAAAUCUGUAAAUCUCUCCGAAAACAAAGAUGCCAAACUUGGCAGUAGGGAAAAAGGAAAGUUUUGCUUCAAGGCAAUACGAUGUAAGGAAGAAGAAGUUGCCACACGGUCCUCAGAAAAAUACACCUUUGCAGAUAUCAUCUUUGGAAAUGAACAGAUAGUAAGUUCUGCAAGCCCAUGUGCAGAUUUCUUUUAUCGAAGUUUAUCCUCUGAAUUAAAAAAAGUCCAGCCAUCAGCGCAUACGGAAAAGCAGUCAACAGAGGACGCUGUGAGAUUAAUUCAGAAGUGCAGUGAGGUGGAUUUGAAUGUUGUCAUAUUGUGGAAGGCCUACGUGGUGGAAGACAGUAAGCAGCUUAUUUUGGAAGGCCAGCAUCAUGUUGUUCUUCACACUGUGGGCAAAGAAGCCUGUUCGUAUCCUCAGAAACAGGAGCCACCAGAAAUGGAACCAUUAAAAUUUUUCAGGCCGGAAAACACGGCUGUUUCUUCGAGACCCUCUGCAGAGCAGCUUUCCAGCCUCAUUAAAACCAGUCUUCACUACCCGGAGUCACUUAGCCACCCAUUUCAUCAAAAAAGCCUUUGUUUAGUACCAGUCACCCUUUUACUUUCCAAUUGUUCGAAGGCUGAUGUCGAUGUCAUAGUGGAUCUUCGGCAUAAAGCAACAAGUCCAGAAUCAUUGGAAGUCCAUGGAUCGUUUACGUGGCUCGGACAGACUCAGUAUAAACUGCGGCUUAAAAGCGAGGAGAUGCACAGCUUGCAGCUGAAAGCAUGCUUUGUCCACACGGGUGUCUAUAACCUUGGAACUCCGAGGGUGUUUGCCAAGUUAUCGGACCAAGUUACAGUGUUUGAAACAAGUCAGCAGAACUCCAUGCCUGCCCUGAUCAUCAUUAAUAAUGUGUGACAGCUUGUAAAGUUGUACUGAAAUCCACAAGAAUCAGUUUAUUUUACUGACUGACUUUUACAGCAGUAUUUGAAAUACCCAACUUGCUCUCGAGGUUGGUGUCGGAUCACUGCAAAAUACUUGUCAAUUUGCUGAUGAUGUAAAGCACGUUGGACUGAGAAACUGAUAUUCUUCUUUUGUAUUUCUUUAAACCUGGUAAUAAUUUACAUGCUCAUAUUGCAGAAUUUCAACAUAUCCAUGCACCUUAUUAAGCACCAUCUUAAAAACCAGUGUCUAAGUCUGCUGUUACAACUUCCUGAUGGUAUGCGAAAUCAGACAAUUUUGAGGAAGGAAAGGCCUCGUUGGCAAUACUCCUUUAAGCCUUCAGUCAAAUUCCAGCUUUACUGUGAAGUUCAAUAGAGUAUGAAAUCAAACUUUCCUGUCUUGCUUCACACGGUUCUCUAAAAUCAGUUCUGAACUUUGGUUAAAAAGUCAUGGUUCAGUACCUGGUGGUUCCCUAUGGCUUAUACAUAACUUUGUAAAAAAAAAAUUUUUCUGAUGCUUUGAAUAUAGUUUUGAAAGGAGUUUGAGCUUUUUUUCCUCAUUCAUCUCAGCAUAGUGUGCACUAUUUCACAAUAUGAGAUUUUUGUCCUUUAAAUUAUCAUAUUCUUUAUUAUGUAACUUUAACAUUUGAGUUGAUCUGUUUAAAAUAUAAAUCUCAGUUAAUAAAAAUAAGCUUUUCAAAAAUGUAUUAUAUUUAUAACAAAUGUACUGUAAAUAGAAUAAAGACACACUAUUCACUGUA